CGUCCACCACAAUCAAUGCUCCGCUCAAUUAUUUUAUUAAGUAGUAUAUUUUUCAUUUUACUAAUUCAAUUCAUGUCAUAUUUUUUGAGACAAAUUCAAUUCAUGUCAUAGACACAUUUGUUAUGUAAUCUAGUGUAAUUAUAGUAGUAAAUCCCUUUCAUUAAUACCUUGUUAUCGAUGCGUGUGGAAUUGAUUAAGGUAAGCUAUAUUUUCAAUUUUUCAUAUAAGUAAUAGUGAUACUACUAUUUAGUCUUUUGAUGACAUAAUUAUUUACUACAAUCUUUUUUCUCGGACAAAACCUCCUCAAUUCAAGAGUUGGGCUUCACUUGGUUUCCAGCUUCCACCCCACCACUCUCCUCUGUCUCUUCUCUUCCCGCUCCACCAUCAAGAAUCCAGAGAGGAGAGAGAGAGAGAGAGUGAGUGUAAUGUAAUGUAAUAAAUGCAGUCACACUCCUAUAUUCUCUCAAUUCUUGCUCUCUCCCAAUCCCUACACUUGCAAUCUAUUCUUCUCUCAUUUGUCUGUCACCUCUGACGCUGCUACCAUUACUCCCAUUUAUUUCUUUUAUUUUCUUUCCCACCAUUUCUAAGCCUCUCUCUCUCUCUCUCUUUCUUUUUUUUUUCUACCUCUCAUUUUACUGCUUCAGUUUCAUUUCACCCUCUAAAAGUUUUGGGCUUCUUUUACCUUUCUACUUCCUUAAUUUAAUGUGACGAUUUUCUUGAAUAAAGCUUUUAUUUUUAGUUGCAUUCUUCAUCAAACAAGGAGGGCUUUCUUUGCUGCGAUCAGAAAGUGAUUUAGAAAUUUGGACCCCUAGAGAGACGUUGAGGACUUAAGGGGUCUAGAGAGGGGACAAAGCACCGCAAAGUUUGGAAGGUGGUUUAUAAAAAUCUUAUUUUUAUAAAAAGAACACCGACACAACAAUGAUCAUGAGGAGGAGAUUAGCUUGUUGUACGAGAGACAUGAGAGAUUUGAGCAUCGACUUUGAUGAACAAGAAAGGAUAAUGACGUAUAAUGGUCUCGAGAGCUGCAUUCAUUCUUUUGAUAAUGAAAGUGGCACCAGUAGAGGGGAUGGUUGUGUUACUGACUCCUAUGAUGAGGACGAUUCGAGCUGCUCGUCCAGCACUAAUGCUUUCGGAUCGUUCUCCUCUCUCUGGACGAUAAUGAAGAAAGACGAUCAGUGUCAAGAUGAGUGGAACUUCACAGCAACCCCUCGACGUGUCCUUGCAAAAGAAAAGCCACAGCAGACCAGCCAAUUCUCAGAUGUCGAAACAAUGAAAGAGAAGUUUGCUAAGCUGUUGCUCGGGGAGGAUAUUACCGGAGGGAAAAAGGGCGUUUCCACCGCAUUAGCACUGUCGAAUGCUAUCAAUAAUCUAGCAGCUUCUGUCUUUGGUGAGCUUUGGAAGUUGGAGCCGUUGCCGGAGGAGAGGAAGAGCAAAUGGCAAAGGGAAAUGGAUUGGCUGCUCGCCCCAACGAACUAUAUGGUCGAGCUGGUUCCUGCAAAGCAAAACGACGCUAAUGGCCGGACAUUAGAGAUAAUGACCCCAAAAGCUCGAGCAGACAUCCACGUUAAUCUUCCUGCGCUACGGAAAUUGGAUUCUAUGCUCAUUGAAACCCUCGAUUCAAUGGUGAACACCGAGUUCUGGUAUGCUGAGGUGGGCAGCCGAGCUGAAGGAAGGAGCCGGAGCGCUGGACAGAGCAUGCGGUGGUGGCUUCCUUCCCCGCGAGUGCCCACAGUCGGCCUCUCCGAGAUAGAAAGAAAGAGAUUGCUGCAUCAGGGCAAAUUGAUCUUUCAAGUGUUCAAAGCUGCCAAAGCCAUCAACGAGAGCGUCUUGGCUGAGAUGCCGAUCCCCACCACCAUCAGAGACGCGCUCCCAAAGUCGGGGAAGGCGAGCCUCGGAGAGGAACUGUACAAAAUACUGACUGCAGAGUGUCUGUCUACCGAGGAUAUGAUCAGCUGUCUGAACCUGAAAUCCGAACACGGUGCUCUCGAAGCCAUCAACCGGCUGGAAGCCGCUAUAUUCGCAUGGAAAGAGAGGGUGGCGGAGCAAGGCAACGGCAAGUCCCCCAUUCGAACGUCGUGGUCUUUCGUUAAAGAUCCCUUGUCCGAACUCGAUAAGACGGAGUUCUUGAUGAACCGGGCCGAGCUACUAGUGCUGCAGCUCAAGAGCAAGUAUCCAAAUCUUCCUCAGACAUUCCUAGAUGUCACAAAAAUCCAAUAUGGGAAGGAUGUGGGGCACUCGAUUCUUGAAGCAUACUCCCGAGUUGUAUCCAACUUAGCAUUCAGCAUUCUGUCACGGCUAGGAGACAUUCUGCAGGAAGACAUUGUGAGCAAUCCCAACUCGCCGGUGGCAAUGUCGCAUCUCGUCGGAGCCAGAAUCCCGGGGAUCUCGGACAGCCCGAUGCUCGACCGCGUCAGGCACUCCCUCAUCCAUCAGUUGAACACCGUGGAAGUGAAAUCUUGCAACUCCGGCGAGACCAACAACGUCUCUGAAGUCGACGAAGCUAAGAUUAGCUCGGUGAGCGCGACGCCGAGCCGGAGCCGGGUUUGGUGCAUCGGCAAAGAGGCUUGCCACAGUUUGUCUGCUCAGAAUUCUCCUUGAUACCAAACUCCUAAUCUAUCCAUGUAAAUAAUAAACCAUGUUUGUGUGGUGCAGCAACUUAUUAUCUGUGAUCUUGUCUUGAUCACGAGAUUGAGUUACAUUUGAAACUCAAGAUGGUAACAGAAGAAUAUAUUCAUAUAUGUUUCACAGUCGAUAAUUUGUUUCGA